AAUCUUACUUAUCUUAUUAAAGUUGAACCUGCUUUUACGUCCGUUAUAUUUUACUUGUCAACGUGUUGCACAUUGCACACGACACAGGAGCCCAGUAACUGGAUAUACAUUUCGGAAAGGAAACCAAAUGCCACGCAACGGCCGGUUGGCCGAGUGAAGAUUCACUGAGCACCCAGCCUGUGAAAUGCGAGGAAACUUUCAGCGGGGGAAAGCAAUGGGUGACAACUCGAGGACAAAGCAAUUACACGGUGAAAAGGCGGAUUACUUUCAAUGGCUCAUCUGGAGCAAGGCUUUCUCUAAAUGAUUAGAGGUAAAACCUAUUACGGGUAUUAAGGUGACGUCUUACAGCCUCAGAUUCUGAAAGAGCCAUCUCCAUCGCAGGGGAAAGCACUGGCAACAUUAGCUGUAGUCGCGGACAAUAUCUUUUUUUUUAAACCAUCUGGCUUGGUAAUUUACACUUCGUUUUCGUUGUACCGUCGAGUCAGGUGAAGCUUUGCUUUUCGGGUGAUCAGUAUGGAAGGAUGCACAGUGGAGUCAACCCCAGGCGCACUGUAUCCUGCCCUUUCUGCACCCCUGCGCAAAUCUUUCUAAUUUGUUUGAGGUCAACCUUGCCAUUUAGAGAGACAGAAAAAUGGCCAUUCUCAAAAUCAAGUUCAACGUACAGAUGAGGGUGAAGCUGGCCCAGGGCAUGUGGCUGCUCAACUGGUUUUGUGUGUUGGUGGGAAUCGUCAUCUUCGGCAUGGGCUUGUUCCUCAAGAUCGAGCUGAGGAAGCGAAGCGAGCUGAUGGACAACCAGGAGAGUCACCUGGUGCCCAACUCCCUCAUCCUAGUGGGGCUCAUGGCUUGCGCCAUCAACUGCUUUGGGGGCAAGUUUUGCUACGACUCUCUCGACCCGGCUAAAUACGCCCGAUGGAAAUCGGUGCUGAAGUUCUACCUGGCCUCCUGUGUGUUUUUCACUUUCUUCACCUUCAUCACCGUGGUGUUAUGUUUCCUGAUGAGGAUUGACCUGGAAGACACGCUGGCCAAAGGUCUGAAGAACGGCAUGAAAUUCUACCGGGACACUGACACCCCGGGCAGGUGCUUCAUGAAAAAGACCAUCGACCAGCUGCAAAUAGAGUUCCGCUGCUGCGGAAACAACGGCUUCCGAGACUGGUUUGAAAUCCAGUGGAUCAGCAACAGGUACCUGGACUUCAGCUCCAAGGAGGUGAAAGACCGCGUCAAGAGCAAUGUUGAAGGGAGGUUCUUGGUGGACGGGGUCCCAUUCAGUUGCUGCAACCCGGCCUCCCCUCGCCCCUGUAUCCAGCAGCAGAUCACCAACAGUUCGGCCCAUUACAGCUACGACUUCCAGUCCGAAGAACUGAACCUGUGGACACGAGGUUGCAAACAAGCACUGCUCAACUACUACGCUAAUAUGAUGCAUUCGAUGGGAGCUUUGGUCUUAUUGGGUUGGUUACUGGAGGUGACUGCGAUGGUUGGGAUACAAUACCUGCACACAUCCCUAGACAGCAUUGCAAACCCCGAAGAUCCUGAAUGUGAAAGUGAGGGCUGGUUAAUGGAGAAAAGCCUGAAGGACACAAUAACAUCGAUGCUGGAAAGUAUUAAGGAGCUGGGUAAGUUGAAUCAGGUCGCUACUGCAACUGAAGAGGAGAAAAAGCAAGAGGGUACGACUGUCGCCACAGUCAGCUGAAGAGAAGCAACUUGUUCGGGGACAGGCACGGGUAUAGAAGCAAGUUGGAGUCAGAAGGAAAUGAAAUUGAAUACUUGUUGGAUACAAAAUCGGACACAUAAUUCCCUUCACUAUGUAAACUAUGAAGCAUGUAUGGUAACAACUACUUAUCUGUAUUUUGUAUUCAAACAUAACACCAGUACUGUCAAAUUCUGUUAACUAUUUUUGACAAAUGAUACACUAUGCAGUCAGCAGCAGUCUUCUUCAUUGUUUUAUACUAUAUAAAACUUUUAUUUUAUCCACUGUAUUGCAUCUGAAGUAAGGAUGUGAUACAGGCAUAUUUAAAAUAUUCCGGCCAUCUUUAAUAUUGCUCGAAUGCAAUGCAAAAUGAUAUAGUAUAUAUGCUGCUACCAAAUAGGGUUCUACAUUAAAAGCAUCUUUGAAGAAAAAUGGACAUUUACUUAUUAAAUCAAGAUUGUCCAUAAAUGUCAUUUCAACUAUUAUUCCUCAGAACAAAAAUCAGGCGUGUAAAUUGAAUUGAAGGAAAGCAUUGUGCUUAAACAGACUUGUUAUUUAGGGGGAAAUGUGGAUGGGAACCUUUAAGAAAACAUGGAACUAAAGUGGAAUCAAAAUCAGUCUGCCAAAAUGUGCAAGGUAACCAACCCUAUCUUCAGCUAAUCAGUGGGUUAGGUUAAUGUACAGAAGGUUAGUCCAGACAAUGCGAAACAAAAUACUCGAUGUAUAAGCAGAGUCAUUCGUACAGGAAGUACAGCUAUUGACAUCCAAUUAAGACCAAACUAUGGCAUGGUUUUCUAAUUAAAUGUGUAAUUUCUAAUAGCUUUGUUGUGCAGUACGGGUUGUAUUUAGGUCAGAGACCAAAUGUAGUCAAAAUUCUCCACAACGAAUGAGUUUAAAUAUUUCAAUUCAGUUAAUAUAACAUCUCUUUGUGGAGAUGAUGACAUUUGGAAUGUCUUCUAAAGAAAUUCUAUUAAACCAAACUCUUUCAUGAUCACUGAAAGUAUGUGUGUUAGCUGUAACUGCCCAGAGUAGCUUCAAGGUGCAGGUCCUAAGUAUGCUUAAUACGAGUUUAUAGGAUUAACUUUUGUAAUUCGUCUCAAAUGGUGACGCAAAUUCAUCACGACAUCUAAAUUGUCACACAAAUCUGUGAUAACUAUAAGAGGAAAGAAAGGAUAAGCAUUGCCCCAUAUACUGCCACUUUAAAUUCCCUCAAAUUGCCAUGGCUACGAGACUCCUAUAAAACAUCAAUU